GCUCAUCAUGAUCCCAAGAGCUUCAGUUGGCCGCACACUUACACCACCACUAUCGCAACUCACCGCAAUCGUAAAACCUUCAUCCCAAACUGACCAUGCCGGGCGAAGUACAGAUCAAGAAAGGCUCGGAGAUCAAUGCCGCAAGCGGGGCGCAAACCGAGGGAAUGAUUAGAAUGAACGCUAUCACGGACAUGUCUAAUCAGAUUUGCGGCACUGUCAUGGUCGCGAAGCCGCAUACCGCGUCCGCUGUCCACCACCAUGGGGAAGAGGACACAAUCGUCUACGCUGCAAGCGGCCACGGCGCCAUCGUCUGGGGACCAGACGGCUCGAAGAGACAAGAACUGUCGCCCGGCGACUUCGCGCUUAUACCCGCGUAUGCUGAACAUCAAGAAGUUAAUGAUAGCGACGACGAAGUCAAGUGGAUAAUCACCCGCGGUGGAAGGAACCCCAUAGUCCAUAACCUCCAGGGUUGGGGAAAGAGCUAGGAGAUUACUCUAUUUUCGCAUAGAGAAUCCAGAGGCCUAUCUAUCAUUGCGUCUCAAGUUGAAAACCUCAGCUUUCCCGUGGGUGAUCAUUUGGAGAAGUCCUGCGCCGCUUGUCUUCUGAUCAGGAUCAUGUGCGACACCGUACGGCAAUCCGGCGCAUUCAGCGGCUCAUCUGAACGCAUAUACUCCGAAAAGAGCGCGCAAAUGAAUCUGUUGCGGCAAUUCGAAUGCGAGCAUUUGAAA